AUGAACAAGAAGUUCUGGAUUGAAAAAGGGACGUGGACAGAUGAAGAAGAUAGAACUCUAGUUGAUUACAUUUGUAAGCAUGGGGAAGUGAACUGGAACACCGUUGAGAAAGAAUCUGGACUCAAUCUCUGCAUGAAAUCAUCGUGUAAGUUAUGCUGGAUAAAUCAUUUAAGACCUGAUUUGAAGAAAGGUCCGAUAACAGCCGCCGAUGAAAUAGAGACGAUUGUUCUUUUUAAUGCCAGUAUUGCAAAUAAAUGGUCACGCAUAGCUGAAGAGGAAACCAGCACUACUCAAGCACCAAAUUUGAACAACACAGUAGAUGAAGCACUUAAUCUGAAUAAAUUCACCCCUGUUGUUGAACCCAAAAGUUACCCAAUUAUUGGUAUAAAAAAUGUAGAUUUCGAGACCCAAGAGGGUUGUUUCGGGACCCCGAAAGGGUGGUUUCGGGACCUGAAAGUAUGGUUUCUGGAACAAAAAUGA